CACGGUAGAGAAUCAUCUGACACUGAGUACCAAAGAAAUGGUGAUGGAGAAGCCAAGUCCCCUGCUCGUAGGGCGGGAGUUCGUGCGACAGUACUACACUCUGCUAAAUAAAGCUCCUGACUUCUUGCACAGGUUUUAUGGAAGGAAUUCUUCUUACGUCCAUGGAGGACUGGAUGCCAGUGGGAAGCCGCAAGAAGCAGUGUAUGGUCAAGCUGAGAUACACAAGAAGGUGAUGUCGUUGCAAUUCAGCGAGUGCCACACCAAGAUCCGUCACGUGGAUGCUCACGCCACCCUGAGCGAUGGGGUGGUUGUGCAAGUGAUGGGAGAGCUGUCCAACAACGGGCAGCCGAUGAGGAAGUUCAUGCAGACCUUUGUGCUUGCUCCAGAAGGUUCUGUUCCGAACAAGUUCUAUGUCCAUAAUGAUAUCUUCAGGUAUGAAGAUGAAGUAUUUGGGGAUUCAGAAGGAGAACUUGAUGAAGAGUCUGAGGAAGAGGUGGAAGAGGAGCAGGAGGAAAGACAACCAUCACCUGAACCUGUGCAAGAGAAUGCAAGCAGUACUUACUAUGAAAACCAUCCUGUAACCAAUGGGAUAGAGGAGGCACUAGAGGAAUCGUCUCAUGAGCCUGAGCCGGAAUUGGAAUCUGAAACCAAAACCGAGGAGCUGAAAGCUGAAGUAGAAGAAAAGACCCUUGAGGAGCUGGAGGAGAAGUCUCCAUCUCCACCUCCUGUAGAACCUGUUUCACUACCGCAAGAACCACCAAAGGCUUUCUCUUGGGCUUCAGUGACCAGUAAAAACCUGCCUCCUAGUGGUACUGUUUCUUCCUCUGGAAUUCCACCCCAUGUUAAAGCACCAGUCUCACAGCCAAGAGUUGAAACUAAACCUGAAGCUCAGUCUCAGCCUCCUCGUGUACGUGAGCAGCGUCCCAGGGAAAGACCAGGUUUUCCACCCCGAGGACCUCGACCAGGGCGAGGGGACAUGGAACAGAACGAGUCGGAUAAUCGUCGAAUAAUUCGCUAUCCUGACAGCCACCAGCUCUUCGUUGGGAACUUGCCGCACGAUAUCGAUGAGAGUGAGCUGAAAGAGUUCUUCAUGAGCUUCGGAAACGUGGUAGAACUUCGCAUAAAUACUAAAGGAGUGGGAGGAAAACUGCCUAAUUUUGGUUUCGUGGUAUUUGACGAUUCUGAGCCGGUCCAGCGAAUUUUAGUUGCAAAACCCAUAAUGUUCCGGGGCGAGGUGCGCUUGAACGUGGAAGAGAAAAAAACAAGAGCCGCUCGUGAGAGAGAGACGCGGGGCGGAGGCGACGACCGUAGGGAUAUCCGUCGCAAUGAGAGAGGCCCCGGGGGUCCCCGCGGCAUCGUGGGCGGUGGCAUGAUGCGGGACCGCGACGGAAGAGGACCCCCUCCCAGAGGUGGCAUGGCACAGAAACUGGGCUCCGGACGGGGAACCGGGCAGAUGGAAGGCCGUUUCACUGGACAACGUCGCUGAGAUCUCCACUGUGGGCAGACAGUCUUGGCAGUGGUACAUUAUCCAUCGUGUUUGCAUUCUUGUUAAUUUUUUUUUUUGGCUUUGGAAUGUGACACAGCCCUUCUGAUCAUUUCUUUGAUGUGAAAGCAUCCUUUGGUUUCCAGUUUAAAUUGAGGUGGACGUUCUUUCCCCAGUUUCACAACAGGAGUCACACUGUUAAUUUAUAAAUGUAGACUUGGAGAAUUGAGGACUGAAAAAAAAAAAAAAAAAAGAGAGAGAAAAGAAAAGAAAACCAGACCGGUUACCUAUCUGCAACAAAAGUGAACUAAAGGACAUGCCCAAUAGAAUUCAGGUCCUUUCAGUCAAAAACCCUCUGCUGCACAUUUUGUGUGAGUGUUACUGUUUCUGCCUAUUACUGUGGGAAACACAAAUAGUGCAAUUUGUGCAAUUGGAGAAGCUUGCCUUUUCUGUUGUUCCUUCUUAGAACACUUGGCUCCAGACAAACUCGUGUUUACGCACUCAUCAGAAUGCACUAAUGGGUACUCUGAACUCAUUUCUAUUGACAUCUGCAGGAGGCAUCGGAGGAAAAAAACCCUUCAUCCUCUUACUCAGACAGAAUAGCUUGUGAAACGAUGCGGGCAUCUGAUCUGCUUGCUGUGACCAACACCUGUACACACCCAAACCUUACUGAGACUACGAGUUAAUUCCAGAAGGAAUCCAUUUAGCUGUAACCUGAACAGGACCCAGAGUUUCAAAGUCGUAGCCCUGAGUACGCAACCAGUUUGAUAGCUCACGCCAGGUUUUUCUACCCGCCCCUCUUCAGUGCAGGGAUGGCUGCUCCACACACUCCUCCUCCCCCUGCCCCCUCGGAAACGCAUUGUACAGUGGAAUUUGUCUUGACUGUAUUUGAGUUCUCUGGUAAUGUAAUAAGCAUGAUGGUGCCUUCUAUGAAUACAUCAUUCCAGUCUCGCUGGUGAUUUUGUACAGUAUAGUGUAUGAAUUACUGUGCUGCAAAGCCGGUCGGCUGCAAAGCAUUUAAAGGAAAUCAUUGAAAAAUUGUAUUAAAAAAAGAAAUUGCAGUAUCUUUCAAUCAGUAAACGUUGCUCAAACGAUCA